UAAGGACACUUCCGCCCCGCAAGAUGGAGCGGAAGCUGGCGGAGUGGAGAGCUGAGCGACAGGCUGAGGAGAGGCCGCACAGCGGCGGCGGCGGCGGCUCCCGGGAGGAGGCCGGAGAGUCCCGAGGCUUGUUGAGCGGCCUGCGGGCCAGGCUGGGGCUCUGCGGCCCACGGGGGACGGGCCCGGAGCGGCCCGCGGAGGAGGAGGAGGAGGAGAGAGAGAGCGGAGUGAACAGAGAAAAUGUUUGUGGCUGGCUUUGUGAUGGAUUUGUGGCCCGACUUGUUAAAACUGAUCACUCAAUCCUGACUAAUGUCACCUUCCUGAAGUUCCUCCUCUGGCUGGUACUCCUCGGCCUCUUCAUCGAGUUAGAAUUCGGCCUGGUCUAUUUCCUAAUAUCAAUGUUCUACUGGAUCUACGUGGGGACCCGGGAUUCCUCAAAAAAGAAGGAAGGAGAAGCGAGUGCCUACUCGGUGUUUAACCCUGGCUGUGAGGCUAUUGAAGGGAGUCUGACAGCUGAGCAGUUUGAACGAGAACUUCAGUACAGACCUCUGGCUGGACGAUGACUGACGUGUGGCAGACAUUUAUACAGACCCAUAAGGAUAUGUGUACCUGACAACCAACAAAACAUUCACAGUAUGCUGGACACAGUAAAUGUAAUCCAUGGCACAAAUGAAGGACCAACAGUUGAACAAUGCUGUACAUUAUUUCACUUGUAAUAAGAAUGCCGGCUUUUAGUCAUGUAAGGGUUGGUAUUUAAACUUGCAUGUGUAAAGAAUUGAAUUAAACACUAACAAAGCUUUCUUUAUCUCCCACAAA